AGGCUUGGUUAGAGAAAUAAAAGAAAGUAAGACUUUCUGGAGACAGUGAGCAGUCUCCCUGCACACUCAGCCUUGGGCAAGGACCCGGAGGCCCCUGGUGCUGAGCUGAGAGGCUGAAAUUCUACGGAAGCAUUAGAGAAGGGCCAACCAAAGCCAUGAUAUUUCCAUGGAAAUGUCACAGUGCUCAGAGGGGCUUAUGGAAUGUCUUCAAGUUGUGGGUCCUGACUAUGCUUUGUUGUGAUUUUUUUGCAUAUCAUGGAACUGAUUGCUGGACUUACCACUAUUCUGAAAAACCCAUGAACUGGAUGAAGGCUAGGAAGUUCUGUCAAGAAAAUUACACAGAUUUGGUUGCCAUACAAAACAAGGGGGAGAUUGAAUACCUGAAUAAGACGCUUCCCUUCAGUCGUAGUUACUACUGGAUAGGAAUCCGGAAGGUGGAAGGGGUAUGGACUUGGGUGGGAACCAACAAAUCUCUCACCGAAGAGGCGGAAAACUGGGGCGAUGGGGAGCCCAACAACAGGAAGACUAAGGAGGACUGUGUGGAGAUCUACAUCAAAAGGAGCAAAGACUCCGGGAAGUGGAAUGAUGAUGCCUGCCACAAAGCCAAGAGAGCCCUCUGUUACACAGCUUCUUGUCAGCCCAGGUCAUGCAGUGGCCAUGGACAAUGUGUGGAAGUCAUCAACAAUUAUACCUGCAACUGUGAUGCAGGGUACUACGGGCCCCAGUGUCAGUUCGUGACUCAGUGUGAGCCUCUGGGGGACCCAGAGCUGGGUACCAUGGCCUGUAUUCACCCUUUGGGCAAGUUCUACUUCACAUCCCAGUGUACCUUCAACUGCUCUGAGGGAACUGACAUAACUGGGAUUGAAGAAACCACUUGUGGACCAUUUGGAAACUGGUCAUCUCCAGAACCAACCUGUAGAGUGAUUCUGUGUGAGCCCCUAACAGCACCUGAUUUGGGAAAUAUGGACUGUAGUCACCCCCUGGCCAGCUUUGGCUUUACCUCCACAUGUACCUUCAACUGCUCAGAAGGAACACAGUUAAUCGGGGAGAAGAAAACUAUUUGUGGAUCAUCUGGAAACUGGUCCAGUCCUAGUCCGAUAUGUCAAAAACUGGACAGGAACUUCUCAAUAAAUAAGGAGGUCGACUAUAACCCCCUCUUCAUUCCUGUGGCAGUCAUUGUUACUGCAGUCUCAGGGUUGGCAUUUAUCAUUUUUCUGGCGAGGAAAUUAAAAAAAGGCAAAAAGUCUCAGAGAAGAGCUUGGUCAAAGGAGGUGAGAGAGUCAGGAGAGCUAACUGGAUGGGGACAAAGGCAUGGAUGAUCCAUAUUAAACCACCUGAUGUGAAAGGAAGUACUUGGGAUACUGAAGUAUCACUGGAUCCUUCAGAUCUGUCCAUGACAAGUUUUGCCUCGUGGCAUCUCCUGCACUGAAGAUGAAGUGUGUGUUUUUCAGUG